CUAGUACAAUCAAACCAGAAGACACACGUGCUGCAAACAGGAUCAAAAUGGCAACAUUGCUGAAGAACGUUACCAACAGUAUAUGCCAUGCGUUCAAUGCAUUGCAGCAGAAUCGUGAUGGAUUUGUGAGCAAGUCUAAGCUAAAGGUGCUAACGGCAAACAUCGCAACACUGCUGGAUCUUUACGGUGUGGAGCGUGGACUGGAUCAUUUCCGCUCGACGGCAACGCUGAACUUUGAGCAUUAUCGAUACUAUUUGGCACAGGAGGUGUUUGCCGGUGUAUCCAAUGAGUUGCCACUGGCGGCAUUACGCAAUUAUGAAACCAAAAUCGAUGAGGUCUGUUGGUUGGUGUGUCGGAUGAAUUUCCCGGCGAACGAUCAGUACUACACGGAGGAAGCCGUUUACAAGCUGUUCCGCAUAUUCUGUCUCGUGGCCGACCUAUCCACCGAUGCGUCCGAGCCCGACCUUUACGCGGUGAAGAUUCACCCGAUGGAGGCGUUCAUCAUCAUCAAGCAUCUGCUGAAUGCGCUCGGAUUGAACUAUGACGGUGAUGGCAAGUACGACUACCUGCGCACGUCCGAUCAGUCGCUUGAGUUUGGUGAGUUGCUGGAGAUGUUGCGCUUCAAGAACUACGAUAAGGUGAAUGAUUACCGCGAGUCGAUCUGCGAGGCGAUCGGCGACAUGUACCAAACGCUGAUCGAGGACGUCAUCAAGAAGGGUUAUCUGUUUCGGCGUGGCUAUGUGCUGCCGACGUUCCGCGAGUACUUUUUUGUGCUGCAGCCCUGCGAGCUUUCGUACUACAAACAUCCAGCAGAUCGUGAGGUUUGUGGUACGAUCGUGCUAGACUCUCGCUUCAUGGUGAAGCCGGCGGGUAAUCCGAGCUCGGGCAAACAGGAAAAGGUACAGCGCUUCACGCUUGUUUCGGGCGAUCGGACGUAUGAGUUGGGAACGCCCGAUCACAAAACGCGACUACAGUGGAUCGCAGCGCUCCAGCUGGCGAUAACGUACUCGACGGGGCGCGAGGGCUUCCAGCGUGACACAGUCAAUAGACGGAAGCAGCAGCGUGAGGCGGAGCAGCGCCGCCGGCGAGAGGAGGAGCAGCUUCGCAGCCAACAUCUACGCCGGCUAGAGGAAACACAUGUGCAGCUGGAGCGGGAGAAACAAGCCCGCUUAGCGGCCGAAUCACAGGCACGUCAGUAUGAAGCGGUUGCGCGGGAAGAUUCGAGGCGUGUGGCCGAGCUGGAGGAUGUAAAGCUGUGUCUGGAGAAGAUGCUGGAGGAUGAAAUACAGGCCAAACGGGACGAGGAGAUUGUGCGUGCGUUACAGGCACGAGUUUUAGCCGAGGAGUGGGAAAAGCGUGAAGAGUUGGAACAGUUGCAGGCGGAACAGAAGAGUCUGCUGGAGCAGGAGCGUCAGAAGCGGAUGGAGUUCGAACAUCGACAGCAGGAGAAUGAGCAGAAGUUGUUCCAGGCGGAAGGUAUGCUGAGGCAGCUGGAAGAAGAACGGAAACGGCUCGAUCGCGAACUAAAGUUGGCCCGUCAGAAGAUACAGCUGUCAGAGGAUAAUAAGGGCAUUGUGGAGGCAAAACUACAGGCCAUGUCACCCACCUAUCGGACCAGCGCUGGAGAGUUUAUGAUCCGCCGUACGCAAUCGUUCGUGGCAGCUGAUCGACCAGUGCUAGUAGCCGGUACCAGAGCGUCCCAUCGGUUUAGCUAGAGUAGAACC